UUGGGGGAGGGGGGGGAUUGGAGCUAAGCCACCCCCCAUGAACCAGUAAAAUCUUUUGAUUUCAGGGGGUUUUCAGGCCCUAACGGGCGCUGAGCCCCCCUUGGAAAAAUUCCUGUAUAUGCCCCUGAUAACUUCAAGAUGAGAUAACUAUAUAUUAUUCAUGUUUCUCAAUAUUUUCUGUGGUGGUGGUGGUGGUGGGGGGGUUACAUCUCUAAUUCUCAAUAUUUCUAUCUAUGUGUAUCUGUUUCGGCACUUGAGUCUUUAUUUGAAUCAUCUCUAUAUCUCAGGCAGUAUCCGUACCAGCUAUCAGCUAUCUAUUUCUGUGUCAUCACUGUCUCGUCAUGCCUCUAUAUGUAUAUAUACAUGUCUAAGUAUAUGUGUAUAUAUAUUUCUGUAUUUCCAGAAUGAUAUGUUGAAAGCCUUAUAAAUUUUAAUAAAAGAAUGUGGAAAUUUCUUACUUCUGUUCUUUUCCUCAAUGUUUACGGAAUACAGGGGCAAUUAUUGCAAGGAAGACAACUACCCUUUCCUGGGAUUCAAAAUAGGUUUGGAUUUCAAAGUUUAAAUCCGUUCCUGCCAAUCCUAUCCAACCGAGGGGUUGGAGUGGUCCAGGCCCAAAUACAAAGGACAGUUCCCUUCCAGAGGGACAGUUCUUUGGGAGGAGUUUUGGUCAGUAACAAACAGGUUGCAGGACCAGAAUGUUCCGCAAGAAAUGGAGUUUUAGGAGACUGUAGAACUCUUAUUAGAUGUGUCAGAUUUGUUUUUGAGAUAGAUCUUCUCCUAUCUGCCCCUUGUAUAUUACCUCACGGAGAAAGGGGAGUUUGCUGUCCUCAUACUCUUAUAGUGCACACUCCAAAACAAACAUCUAACAUUAUUCAACCUCCCGAGGAGCCCUUUGUUGUAAUCCCCAAUAUCAGAGCAUCAGAUAUAAGUGCUGCUGUCGAUAUUGCUUUUAAAAACAUCAAUAAGAGAGAAAAGGUUGCAGAGUCUCUUUUCAACAAACAGAUUUUUGCACAACGUGGAACUGCAGCCUUCAGUGCUCAGAGGUUUAAAUCAACCAACAGGCAAUCAGUAGCGGAAGGAAAAAAAGCAGCACUAGGACUUGAAACUUCAGUUCAACUGUCUGCAAGGUUUAAUCUGUCUGAAGCACAAGGAACCUUUGCUCUUCCUCAAUUCAGUCUCAAGGGCAGUAGGAUAGAAGAUACCUGCCCUACUCCCCCUCUCAACUGUCCAGAUUCUCUCUACAGAAAGAUCGAUGGAAGUUGCAACAACAAAAAUCAGACAUUGUGGGGAAGGGCAAAUACUCCUCUUCAAAGACUAUUACCAUCAAAGUAUGAAGAUGGACUAGACAAGCCUCGCAUAAGUAAUCUUCCUUCACCUAGAGCAGUUAGUAGCUCUACAACUAGUUCGCAGGACCAACCUCAUGGAAAAUAUACUUUGAUGUUGAUGCAGUGGGGACAAUUUGUCGACCAUGAUGUUACCCAUACACCUACAGUGAAAGGAGCUAAUGAAGUUGGGAUUAUUUGCUGUGGUUCUGAUGGAAGUCUUUUACCAAAAAAUAACUUACACAGAGAAUGCCUUCCCAUUGAAAUUCCAGAAAAUGACAGGUUUUAUUCAAAGUUUGGACAAAGGUGUAUGGAGUUUGUUAGAUCAAUGCCUGCCCCAAGAACCUCUUGUAAUUUUGGUCCAAGAGAACAAGUAAACCAAAUAACAGCAUGGAUUGAUGGAUCGAAUGUUUAUGGAUCAGAAGACGAAGAAGCUCGUAAACUUAGACUACUUGCUGGUGGCAGACUAAGAGUUACCAAGGUUCAAGGAAGAGAUUUACUCCCUCUGAAUCCAAAUGAUUGUGAAAAUGAGAAGCAACAUCGUUACUGCUUUGCAGCAGGAGAUUUAAGAUGCAAUGAGCAAUUGGAUUUAACAGUUACCCAUACUGUGUGGAUGAGAGAACAUAACAGAAUUGCUAAAGAGUUGCAGAGAUUAAAUAACAAUUGGGAUGAUGAAAAAUUAUACCAAGAAGCACGGAGAAUUGUAAUAGCACAGCUGCAACACAUAACAUACAAUGAAUGGUUACCCAUAAUUUUGGGAAAUAAAUAUAUGGAUAAGUGGAACAUGCACCCUAAAGAUUCUGGGUAUUCAGAAAACUAUGAUCCUUCAGUGAACCCAACUAUUACCAAUGUAUUUGGAACAGCAGCAUUUAGAUUUGGACAUUCAUUGAUUCAGGGACAGAUUGAAAGCUUUAAUACAUUUGGAACCAAUGUUAAAACAAUAUCAUUGACAAAGACACAGUUUGCACCGUAUGAUCUGUAUGAUAACUUAACCUUGGAAACUUUUGUUCGAGGCCUGACAACACAAAAAUCCCAGUCCCUUGACACUGCAUUUUCUGAAGAGAUUGUGGGCCAUCUGUUUGAACAAGAUAAUGAAGGGUUUGGAAUGGAUCUAGUUGCAUUGAACAUCCAAAGAGGAAGAGAUCAUGGACUCCCACCAUAUAUGGAUUGGAGAGAGUUGUGUAACCUGGAUACAUUUGACUCAUGGAAGGAUUUAGCUACAAUCUUCCCAUCCAUGGAGGUGGCCAGACUUCAAGCCUUAUAUCAAACAGUGAAUGAUAUUGAUUUGUUUGUAGGUGCAUUAUUAGAGAGCAGUGAAGAAGGAAUUCUUGGGCCAACAUUUCAGUGCUUGCUUGGAGAUCAAUUUGCCAGAUUGAAAACUGGAGACAGAUUUUGGUACGAAAACAAAGAAAAUGGUUUCACUUCCGACCAACUGAUGGAGUUAAGACACUCAAGCCUAGCUAGGGUGCUCUGUGAAAAUGUAGAGGAUAUAGGGUCUAUACAACCAUUAGUGUUUCUCCAGCCAGAUGUAAAUAAUAGGAGAGCUGGCUGUGAAUCAGAGAUGAUACCAAGAAUUAAUCUCAGUAAAUGGAGAGAAUAGAAUAAAAUAAGUUUGGUUUCUAUCAGAAAGAAAUAGCAAUCUUAAAUAUCUUUUAAUCAAUAAAUUAAAUAAAAGAAAACUUUCUUUAA